UGUUUUUAGGCUGAAACUGCGAAAGAGAAAGGAAACAACAACAAACACAAGGGAGAAAGGAUCGUUGUACGUUGUUGUUGUUUCCUGUAACUUUUUUUUUUAAAGAAAAUCUGGCAAGGAGAGAAAGAUAAAGGGGGCACGUUCAUCGUUGAAACAAAGCGACCUUCGAUACUAAUAACGAAGACGACGAGUGUAGGCCUUGGCGUCGUAGGUUGUUAAUGGCUUUCACGUUGACAACUGCUCUCGGGAUCGUUCUUCUUGUACUUCUUCUCGCGGCUAUUAUUCAUGCUUGUUUCACCCUCCCCAUUGAAGCGAUUCUGAAGGAUUUUUUGGUAUGGGUUGAUAACGAACUUGGACCUUGGGGUCCCCUUGCGCUAGCUGUUGCAUAUAUUCCUCUGACAAUCUUGGCUGUUCCAGCUUCAGUUCUGACUCUUGGUGGUGGUUAUCUUUUCGGAUUGCCUGUGGGCUUCAUUUCAGAUUCUGUUGGUGCAACUCUUGGUGCCGCAGCAGCAUUCCUUCUAGGCAAAACAAUUGGGAGAUCAUUGGUUGUUUCGCAGCUGAAAGAUUAUUCUCAGUUCCAGUUAGUAGCAAUUGCAACACGGAAAUCUGGCUUUAAGAUUGUUUUGCUGCUUCGACUCGCACCUUUAAUCCCUUUUAGCUUGUUGAAUUAUCUGUUGUCGGUGACCCCCAUCUCAUUCGGAGAAUACAUGCUGGCCUCCUGGCUAGGGAUGAUGCCAUUAACCCUUGCUUUAGUUUACGUCGGAACAACAGUUAAGGAUCUUUCUGAAGUUACACAUGGAUGGAAUGGGUUUUCAACUGCUCGUUGGGCAUUUCUCAUAGUGGGCCUUCUUGUGUCUGUGGUUCUAAUGAUUUGUGUGACAAAAGUUGCGAAGACGGCUAUGGAAAAAGCGUUGGCCGAAAGCGAGGACAUAAGCAGCAUCAUAAGCUCGUCGCCGGGAUCGCCCGUUGCCGGCCUGCCUUUUACGGUAAAGAUAGACCCCGGUGAAAACAGCAGUAGUGAAGAGUAAAACCCCAAAUAUCAGCUGUAAAUUCUUUUACCUUAACCUUAUUGCCCAUUGCUUCGGCAUGCCAUUUUGUGCAUUGUACACAGCCCAAUUCAAGAUCAAUGAAAAUAAUUGUUUUCUUCUUUU